AUGAAGAAGUUCAACAUCAGGAAGGUUUUGGACGGCUUGAAAGAGGUCUCCUCCUCCACCCCGUCCGUCCAAGUGGGGCCACAAGAGAACAAUCUGAUCCAGGAGACCCUUCAGUCCGAGCAUUUUCAGCUCUGCAAGACUGUCCGCCAUGGCUUCCCCUAUCAGCCGUCCUCCAUGGCCUUUGACCCGGUGCAGAAGAUCCUGGCCAUAGGGACCCAGAAUGGGGCUCUCAGAUUGUUUGGUCGUCCGGGUGUGGAGUGUUACUGUCAGCAUGAGAGUGGAUCGGCCGUCAUCCAGCUACAGUUCCUCAUCAAUGAGGGGGCGCUGGUUAGUGCUCUGGCAGAUGACAGUGUCCACCUGUGGAACCUGAGGCAGAAGAGACCAGCCAUUCUCCACUCACUCAAAUUCAACAGAGAGAGGAUAACCUUUUGCCACCUCCCCUUCCAGAGCAAGUGGUUGUACAUCGGCACGGAACGGGGCAACAUCCACAUCGUAAAUGUGGAGUCCUUCUCGCUCUCAGGCUACGUCAUCAUGUGGAACAAAGCCAUUGAAUUGUCCUCCAAAGCCCACCCUGGACCAGUUGUUCACAUAAGUGACAACCCAAUGGAUGAGGGAAAGCUUAUAAUUGGAUUUGAGUCGGGGAUCGUUGUCCUGUGGGAUCUGAAAUCAAAGAAGGCCGACUGUCGCUACACGUACGAUGAGGCAAUCCACUCGGUUGCCUGGCACCACGAGGGCAAGCAGUUCAUCUGUAGUCACUCAGAUGGAACUCUGACCAUAUGGAACAUCAAAGGCCAGGGCAAGCCCAUACAGACAAUCACCCCACAUGGAAAACAGCCCAAGGAUGGGAAGAAGCCAGAACCCUGUAAACCCAUUCUCAAAGUGGAAUACAAGACUACUAGAGCUGGGGAUCCCUUUAUCAUCCUGUCUGGCGGUCUGUCCUACGACACGGUGGGCCGGCGGCCUUGUCUGACGGUGAUGCACGGAAAGAGCACCGCUGUGCUAGAGAUGGACUACCCCAUAGUAGACUUCCUCACACUCUGUGAAACACCUUAUCCUAAUGAUUUUCAGGAACCUUAUGCUGUAGUGGUCCUUCUGGAAAAGGACUUAGUGGUGAUCGACCUUGCACAAAAUGGUUACCCCAUAUUCGAGAACCCCUAUCCCCUGACGAUACACGAGUCUCCUGUGACCUGCUGCGAAUACUUUGCUGACUGCCCUGUGGACCUCAUACCUGCACUUUACUCUGUCGGCUCACGGCAGAAACGACAGGGAUACAGCAAAAAGGAGUGGCCUAUUAGUGGUGGAAACUGGGGUCAAGGCACACAGAGCUACCCAGAAAUCAUCAUCACGGGGCAUGCUGAUGGAACUGUGAAAUUCUGGGAUGCCUCUGCAAUAAUGCUACAGGUGCUGUACAAGCUGAAAACAGCUAAGGUGUUUGAGAGAAGCCGGUCAAAGGAGGACAGGGGCAGCUUGGAGGUGUCAGACGAGGACCCGUUUGCCAUCCAGAUUAUGGCCUGGUGCCCUGAGAGUCGGAUGCUGUGUGUGGCCGGGGUGUCUGCCAACAUCCUCAUCUAUCGCUUCAGCAAGCUGGAGAUAACCACCGAGGCAGUGCAAUUACUAGAGGUGCGGAUGCACUGUGAGGCAAAUGACACGGAUUCACCGGAGGGUGGGGGUGGAGGGGGGGACCAGACGCCAGCAGUUCCCACCCCGGGCGUCUCCCCCCAGACAUCAGGACCCCCCUCGCAUCCCUCCACAAGCAGCAACAACUCUGAUGGCGGCAACGUGCCCUGUCUCAAAGUGCGGAGUGCCCCUCUGAAGCAGUCUCCAGGUUACCAGGUAGAGCUGGUGGUGCAGUUAGUGUGGGUGAGCGGAGAGCCUCCUCAGCAAAUCACCAGCCUGGCGCUCAAUUCUUCCUAUGGCCUUGUGGUGUAUGGCAACAGUAACGGUCUGGCAGUGGUGGACUACCUUCAGAAGACAGUGUUGCUGAACCUGGGUGCAGUCGACCUGUAUGGCUCCAACGACCCCUACCAGAGACAACCGCGUUCACCUCGCAAGACGAGACAGCCCUCUGGAGGUAAGGGUCUGUGUGAUAUCAACGAGGGGUCAGCCACAUCAGAGGACCGCUGCAAGUCCCCGACCUCAGUGUUGACGUCAAACAGCAAUCUACAGCAAUUCUACAAUGGAGGUGGUAGAGGAGCAAAGAUGUCACGGAAAUUAAGCUUGCCUACUGAGCUAAAGCCAGACUUGGUCCUCCUGUCCGUAUGUCCUCCGCGGGGCGCCAACCCACUAGAUCACCGGGACAACUCUUUCAGCCGCUCGCGCUCCUCUAGCGUCACCAGCAUCGACAAAGAAUCACGCGAGGCCAUCACCUCUUUCUACUUCUGCGACACGUACGCUCGCAAAGGGGACAGCGUUUUGAUGCCCUGCCUGUACGUGGGCACCUCCCUGGGCACCGUGCUGGCUGUGGCCCUCACCAUCCCCCCUGCUGGUGAACAGAGGCAACUUCAGCCUGUCCUCGUCUCACCCUGUGGCAUGUUGGUGCGGCUGAAGGGCAGCAUCUUGCAGAUGGCUUUCCUCGACUCCACCGGCUCUCUGCUGCCCCCUGUUUAUGAGCCCUGGUACGAGCCCAACGUUUCGGCGGACGGCGAGGACCGAGACAAGACCCGAAAGCGCCGCCCCGUCUCCGUGUCCCCCUCCGCCUCCCAGGACUUGAAUGAGACCCAGUACGCCGUGGCGUGUUCGGAGAAACAGGCCAAAGUCAUUUCCCUGCCCUCACAGACCAACAUCUACAAACACAGUAUCACAGAGACCUCCUUUAUCCUACGGGCGGACGUGGUGCAGAUGAGCACCGGCGUCUGCAUGGCGUGUUUCUGCGCCAACGGGCACAUCAUGACCCUCAGUUUGCCAGGGCUCAGACCGCUGCUGGAUGUUAACUACCUGCCUCUGACGGACAUGCGGAUAGCCAGGACCUUUUGCUUCACCAACCUGGGCCAGGCCAUGUACCUCACCUCCCCUACUGAGAUCCAGAGGAUCACCUACAGCCAGGAAACAUGUGAGAACCUGCAGGAGAUGCUGGGUGAGCUGUUUACACCAGUCAUAACACCAGAGGCACCAAACAGAGGGUUCUUCAAAGGUCUGUUUGGAGGAGGAGCACAGUCACUGGACAGAGAGGAACUCUUUGGUGAGGUAGCAGCUGGUAAGGCAUCCAGAAGCCUAGCACAGCACAUCCCAGGCCCUGGAGGCAUCGAGGGUAUGAAGGGUGCAGCCUCCGGUGUGGUUGGAGACCUGGCCCGUGCUAGGAUAGCACUGGAUGAGAGAGGUCAGAAACUGGGUGAGCUGGAAGAGAGAACAGCUGCCAUGAUGGCCAGCGCAGAUUCCUUCUCCAAACAUGCCCAUGAGAUGAUGCUGAAAUGCAAAGACAAAAAGUGGUACCAGUUCUAA